UUCUGAAACAAGUGAGGGUACCCUGUUCCCUAAUAGCGUGCUAUAGCUAAAGUUUUGCAAUUAUAGUAUGCCUUUCUGAGAACAAAGUCCAGGGAAAAAUGGCACGCCUUUAUGUGUGUACUAAAGGUCUCCUGUCUAUCUGCAAUGCCACUUACUGUUCCCUGUUUCAUUCCGGGGCGUGGCAGAAAGUACAGAAAACGUCCUCAUACCUUCCCCCAUGGUGACUGCAUAACUGCACGUCUCCAACGAAAACAAACAUACCAACCGCCCGUCUAAUAACACUGCUGUAAUAUUAUCAGAAGAGACUUUCUAGAGCCAGAAAUCUGGAAAAUGAUUAAUUUAAGAGAUCCAAGAUCCAUCGCAGCAAGAGACCUCCAGAUGUACAGACAUGGAUACCCACAAUAUAUAAGACUCCCUAUGCUAUACCUGCCUAUACCUGAAGUCAGAGCAAAAGAACAGUCUUCACUAGUAAACUGUUUUGCUGUGGACAACCAUGAAGAAAUCCAUUACAGUAUUCCAAGACAUACACCAAAUUUGGAUUUCUACCAAAACAAGAAGCCCUUUAAGCCAAACGGGGUAUACAUCGAGGAGCUACUUUCUGACUGGAAGUUUGACUAUGAGAAAUUGGAGAGGAAUCAUUCCUACAUCCAAUGGCUUUUUCCUCUUCGGGAACCAGGUAGAAAUUCAAGUGCCACACCACUGACCAUGGAUGAGAUUCAGAUGAUGAGGAAAGACCGAGAGGUUGUGAGGAGGUUUCUGAAUGCAUACAAGCUCAUGUUGGGAUUUUACGGCAUUGAACUCCAGGACAGUGACACUGGGAAGCUGCAGAAGGCAAAGAACUGGAAGGAGAGAUUUCAUAAUCUGAAUAAUCAUAGCCACAACAACCUGCGGAUCACCCGGAUACUCAAGUGUUUGGGUGAGAUGGGCUACGACCAUUUCCAGGCCCCUCUGGUCAGGUUUUUCCUGGAGUGGACCUUGCGUGACAACUAUCUACCCAAUGUAAAAAGGAGUGUACUGGACUAUUUCAUGUUUACUGUGAAGAACAAGCAGGAGCGCAGGGAGCUGGUGCAGUUUGCUAAUGAGAACUACAAAUCCCAUGAACCUUUUAUCUGGGGGCCAGAAAAGAAGCUCUCAAUAUAUAGCAGUGAGAAGAGGACUAAGAAUGAGGAGAGGCCUACAAGUAGGAAAAAAACGGACAGAAGGUAGAGAUAGGUAAAUGUUAGUACCCACAACAUACAGUCCAAUCCCAGUCAUGAAGACUCAACACUCUCCAUUAAUUAGGUUGUCUAGCAACCAUUUACUCUGUGUCUCAGUGAUCAACAUUCGAGGAUCUGCAGCUAUGCACCAAAGUGGUCACAGACAUUUGUAUCUGCUGUACAGUUGACUGCCCCUUUAUGCUACACAGAUCUGUUCAGGUUUCACCCACUCAGGAUACAGGACGCAUGAGAAAAUGACAUGACAUGUAAUUUGUAUUUGUUCUUACCAAGUUCUGCACAAAUAAAGGUAAAUUCUAGCAAAA